AUGUCGAUUGUUGACGAUUUCGGACAACGUAGCAAUGGGCUUAACAACCGUGUUUCAGGAAAAAUAUCGCAACAGUCUCUUGAAUCCGCAAACGAUCCUUCCAAUGUCACAUUGAAUAACCAUAAUACCCAAGAAGAUCCUCCACGUGUGCAGGAUUCAAAUAUUUCUAGUGUUUUCGAUUUUUUCCUUCGCUCAUUCAUUCUAUCUCCAAUUCACACAUCUAAUUUGGAAACUGAUGAACUUAUAGAUGAUGAGGAUGGAAUGGAUGAGGAUGUUGAUAGCAAUUUACCUUACUACAUAAGUAAAGUCACGAAACGUCUUAGGAAUAGGGGCCAUGGAAACGAAGUUUUCACUGUAUGGUUUAAACAUAUUUUGAGUUGGAAACCUUCGGGCCAAUUCCCUUCAAACCUCAACCUGCAACUUUAUCGCUACAUAAUCAAAAAUUUUUUAAGAGUACAUGAUUCACUUGAGGCUAAGCUUCAAUUACUAGUAGAUGAACUAAGUCAGGAUAUGAGAGGAAUACAAAAGAGGAAGUUCUAUUUGCAAUUCCGCUUGGAACCAAAAAUUUUACUAUCAUUACAAUCAUUGAGAUGUGAAAUGUUAGGGGAAUUGAUAACAAUUAAAGGCCAAGUGACUAGAACGUCAGAUAUGAGGCCUGAACUGGUUGUGGCCAGCUUCAAGUGCAAGGAUUGUGGAACUGUGAAUACCAAUAUCAAACAACAAUUCAAAUAUACAAUGCCCACAAGAUGCUUUAAUUCCAACUGCACGAACAUAAACAACUUUGAACUCAUGAUGGAAAAUUCCGAAUUUUGUGAUUGGCAGAAAAUUAGGAUUCAGGAAAUAACUCAGGAAUCAUCAGCUGGAUCCAUGCCCAGAUCCAUCGACGUAAUCAUACGUAACAACCUAGUAGAUAGUGUGCACGCUGGUGAUAGGAUUGCAGUUUCAGGUUCAUUGAUUGUAUUACCGGAUAUACUUACGUUGCUAAGGCCGGGAGAGAUCUCUAAACAAAUAUCUCGCCAUGCCACCAGGAGAUUCGACGCAUCCUUAAUAUCCCAAGGGAUUACGGGCAUUAAAGGGGUUGGUGUACGUGAUCUGAACCAUAAAUUGCUGUUCUUGGGCACACAGAUAACGUGUUUAAGUCGCAACAAGUGGAGUCAUGGGAAGGAUCUUAGUGUUGAUGAGAAUUUAAGUGCUAUAGAUAUUAUUGAGCUUCCUGGAUUCGAGUGGUUACGCCGUAUUUCACAGUCACAAGAUGUUAUAGAUAAAUUGUCACGACAUAUUGCACCAAAUAUCUAUGGACAUAGUGAAAUUAAAAAGGGUAUCCUACUGCUACUAGUAGGGGGGAUUGAGAAGGUUUCAUUAAAUAGCAAAAUAAGAGGCAAUAUAAAUAUGUGUAUUGUGGGAGACCCUUCUACCGCUAAGAGUCAAUUUCUCAAAUUUGUAGAAUCAUUCGCACCUAGAGCUGUGUAUACUUCUGGUAAAGGUUCAACUGCAUCUGGUCUAACAGCGGCCGUGCAUAGGGAUCCGGAUCAUGGAGAUUUCGUCCUGGAGGCUGGUGCCCUUAUGUACGCAGAUAGGGGCAUUUGCUGUAUAGACGAAUUUGACAAGAUGGAUGAAAAGGAUCGAGUAGCUAUUCACGAGGCCAUGGAGCAACAGACAAUUUCCAUUGCAAAGGCAGGCAUCCAAGCUACACUGAAUGCCCGUGCAAGUGUAUUGGCAGCAUGCAAUCCCAGAUACGGAAGAUACGAUAGUAGCAAGUCAUUCUCAGUCAAUGUAAAUUUGCCACCGCCCUUGCUUAGCCGUUUUGAUCUCCUUUAUACCAUGCUGGAUCAAGUGGACCUUAACGUUGAUGAGAAGAUAGCCAAACACAUUCUAAGGAGCGACGAAGAAGAGAUCGUUGAUGGCCCUGAAUCACUAACUACCGAUGAGCUUAGGCUGUACAUUGAACUGGCCAAACAGAUAAAACCCAUGAUACAGGAUCAGGCUAAGCGCAAAUUAAUCAAUUAUUAUGUAUCGCUUCGAAACGCAGAUAUGCUAGGCAAGCGAUCGAUGCGUAUAACAGUCAGACAAUUGGAGUCAUUAAUAAGACUAUCAGAAGCUGUAGCUAGACUAUCAUUUUCGGAUACGGUGGAGAUUGUACAUGUUGAACAGGCCUAUGAGAUAUUCAAAUCGUCAUUACUAAGAAUAUCGAAUAUGCAGGAAAUUGUACUGGUUCAGGAAAGGGAAGGACUGGGCGCAGAUAGAAUGGAUGAGGAUAAAUUGGCUAGUGAGACGCAUACCCUCACUAUAAGCACUGGAGAAUAUGAGAAGAUUGUGGCAGUUUUACUAGAUAGGGUUGUAGAAGUGGAAAUGAUGGAGGAGCUUGGGGUUUCAAAAUCGCAUCUUAUUGAGUGGUACAUUGAGGAAAUUGUGGAGCCUGAAUCUGUUAAGCAGGCUGAAGAAUGGAAUAUAAGGCUGCAGCAUAUCAUUUCAAGGCUUGUGGAACAGGAUGGGAAACUUGUUUGUGACAAUAGUGGGAUGCUCAGAGCACAUCCGAACUAUGCGAAUGAGGAGUUUCUCCUCAAAUGA